CAUUAACAGGUGCGGAGGUAGCUCCAGACGACUCCUCCCUCUCUAAAACUAAAACCCACCCUCAGGCCUCUCGUUUCUUCCCUGUAGAGAGAGAAAGUUUGUUCUACAAUUCAAAAUAGAGAGAGAGUUGGCGGAGUGAGGUCGAGACUAUCUAUAUGAUUGGCUUUGGUAGGGGAGGUAGCGUGCGGGGAAUGUCGGUUUGAAGACUGAGAUGUGAAGAGACGAACGAAGAAUUGGAACCCUAACGAAAACAAAUUUAUUGAAUGAGAAGUGGUCUUUCUGUGUUAUGUCAGACGCUUCAAGGAGUUUGGGUGCUUCAGCUGAACCGAAUAGAGUGGGACCAGAUUAUUUUAGUUUUUAUAAACGUGAAGUAGCAGAACUAUUCUCACAGGAUGAUGAUUUUCUGCCUUCCUCAUCCCAAAUCUGUGACUUCACUGGAAAAACACAUGUCGUCAAAGACAAGGAUAUAACCAAGAAUAAUUACAGUGCCAAAGAGGGUAAUUGUUUUACUGGCUCCUUAUUUUGUGAUGUCCUAGGAGCUGGGAUUUUAGAUUACAAAAAGGAAAGGGCAAAGGCAUUGCUUCGGCAGAGUGUGGUUGCUUUUACACAAGAAGUUGAUGAGAUGCUAGAUCCGGUUGUUGCCAUGCGUCGGAUACAAUCUUAUCUGGUAUGCAAAAAGAGUUUGUGUAGUUAUUCAGGUGCAGCAAGUUCGAAUGAUGUGGGGCAACAUCCUUACAAGAAACUCAAGUCCUCCUCAUCCUCAUCUUCGAUUAGUGUUGACCUGCAGAGUAGUCCUGUCAGUUGCAGAGUUAGUGGAGAGGUUUGAUUCUCAUAAAGUUGCUUUAUUUUCUAAGAAUUUGCCCUUGUAAUAUCAGCACAUACCUUUGGUUUUGAAUUUGUUUGAAGACAUGGGAGACAAUCUUUUUAAAGCUGUGCAUUGGUACAUGAAGAAUCUAAUCGUGUACAUAAUUGCAGUUCCAAUGACUUAGAAUCAACAGAGACAUGCUCAUCCCUCUAGGCUUCACAACAUGCUUUGUUCUUACUUUCUUGUUGGCCUUGAACCAACACCAAUAAUUCUCUCUAUUUGUAAGAUGCUUAUAUUUGAAGUAAAAAUUAUGGAGGUAAAACUGCCAACCACUUACCUCUCUUGAACCCGCUAUGGGUGGGAGCUUUCUGUAGUAUAGCUUUUUCCUUUACCCUCACAUUAUAGAACUGUCUAUUAUGGAAUAAUGGAAGCUCAACAGUUGGCUGUUGUGGAAGCUCAGCUUUCUGUAAAUUGCUUGUUCUAUGGAGUCCCACUUAGUAUUAGUGGUGGAGGAGAGAGAAAGUGCUAUUUGCAGUGUCCACACCCCCUCCACCCCUUUUUCUCUUUUGCUUUCUCUCUCUUGUUGGGCCUUAGAGUUUAGUUUGUGUGUUGAUUUGGAUGAUAAACCGCCCCGAAAUAAUGUUGCGUGAUUUUUAAUGAAAAUUUUUUUGAGGCUUGGUUCAUGAAGCCGGUAUGUAAGAUGUAUAAAAAUCGU